AGGCGCAUUGCGCAAGUGGCGCGCGGCAGUGGCGGCUGCUGGAGGUGAGAGCCAGAGACAUGGCGGGGGAGGGGAGAGCAAAGCGAAUGGCACCAGCAAACCUGAACGACGGGAACUGAAAAGAAAGCGAGCAGCAAACAACAACAAAAGCAGCAGCAGUAGCACGCAUCGUCCUGACUUAGUCAGCGGGGCACUCGUGCACCCCCCCCGCACAACACGGGAAGGGGGGGAGGAUGGUCAAGACGCCAGCAGGCAUCAAAACGACGUGCUGGCUCGCUCUUGUUCUUUGCUGUAUAUCUAAAAUGGAGGAGCACGAAGGAAACAAGCUAUCCAAACAAUCUGUCAUCUUGUGAGGACAAGGCCAUAACCCCUGACAGUCUGUUCAUCUGAUGUGGCAGGGGUUUUCGCUUUUAUUUCAAUUUGUUUGAACCAUGAAUAUGCGGUCAACUGUUUUCAAACCAGCAACCCUAAAGCUGGAGAGAGAUUUGAAUCCUGAAAAGGUGGAUCUGGAAAAGUCUCAAAGUUCCGCUUCUGGCACCCACAGCAAGGGACCUGACCUCGGACGGGCAGAGGUUCACGACGGAAAUCAUUUGCCCACCGUGCUGAUAAAUAUCAACAACAAGAACCGAAAACUGAAAGAGAACCUCCAUAUUCAUCAUGCCGUCAGCAAGGGUGCUCGCACACCAGGGCCUGCUGGUCAGAACAAAACGCAGGGUGCCUGUCUGGGACAGGAAGAGAACUGGAUGAGUUUAGAGGCCCUCACUGCUCCAAAUAAGCCAGUAGGGACUGAUAGCAACCUUAUUAAAAACAAGCCCUUAUUUAUGUCCGGGCAGACUGAUAGCAUGAGCAAGACUGCAUCUCCGGUGAACACUAAUCGGAACACUCGGGAGCUGGCCUCUGAGAGCACAGACAGAAAUGCAGGUGCAGUUGGGGGACCCCUUAGCGUUGUUGCUUUGGAGGUGAACUUGGAAGGGAAGUGGCAGAAUUUGAAGAAAAACACCAGCCACAGCCCUACACAAGCAAAUUGCCUAAGACAGAUCUUGCUUCUGCAACUGGAUUUGAUUGAGCAACAGCAGCAACAGCUGCAGGCAAAAGACAAAGAGAUUGAAGAGUUAAAAAACGAAAAAGAAACGCUCCUGGCACGGAUUGAACGCAUGGAGCGGCGAGUGCAGCUGGUCAAAAAGGACACGACAAAAGAGAAGCAGAAGAACGUCCUCGCAGAGUGUGAAGAGCAUGAGGCAUUUCCCGAACCAGAGAACAGUGAGAGGGAGGAUGUUGCCGAUGAGGAGACAGACUGUCGUCCACUUGACUCUCUGAGGGCCUUGCAUUUUUCUCGUGUAGAAAAGGGUCACAAAAGAAAAUACUCUUUCUGGAGCCCCAAGACCCAGAUGAAAAAAUUGUCGGGAGAAUUCUCAAAAGCACGGCGAAAGACACCCAAGCUCUCUCUCAACAACAAUGAUAUGGAAGCUGGUCAUUCGCUUACCCAACGGGAACUUCGCAGCAAGGAAGCCAUAGAAAAAGUGGGUGACUUGCAGGGAGACAAUUCUCCAAGCAAGGGAUUUUUUUUAAGCCUCCAGCCUAAGGCAGAACCUUUGUCAUCUUCUUUUGAGAUGGAGGACCUGCCUUACAUGUCCACCAAAGAGAUGUACCUCUGCCGCUGGCACCAGCCUCCUCCGUUUCCACUUCAUGAGACUUCUCCCAAGAAAGAGGAGACCGUGGCUAUUCCUUCAUGGAGAGAACAUUUUAUGGAACCUCUGGAAGAAGCCACAGAUGUUGUAGAGAACUUAGAUGAUGGUGUGUUCUUGAAGCGGCAUGCCAAACUGGAGCUAGAUGAGAAGAGGAGAAAAAGGUGGGAUAUCCAGAGAAUUAGAGAGCAGAGAAUGUUCCAGCGACUCCAGCAGCGCAUGUACAAAAAGAAAGGCAUUCAGGAGUCUGAACCUGGGUUGUCAUCCUUCUACCCAGAUGCAGAAGAUGUGGAGAGUCUCAUGAUCACUCCAACCCUGCCAGUUGUUGCAUUUGGUCGCCCACUGCCAAAACUUGUUCAGCAAAAUUUUGAGCUUCCUUGGCUGGAUGAAAGAAGUCGAUGCAGAAUUGAAAUGCAGAAGAAGCAAACGCCACAUCGGACCUGUCGGAAAUAAACACUUUUCUCUGGGCCUCCCAAAUUCA